AUUAGCACCGAGGCAAGCGGGUUAGCUCCGAGCCACAACUGUAUACAGUACGCUCUAUGUCAAGGCUCCAUGCAAUUGGUCUACGCCGAUUGGCUAGCAUAUGCUGGCGUGAUCAGCUUCCGCUUCUACAAGACGAUGAAGGUGUCGACUUCGUUGUUUCUCUUCUUUGUCGGCCACCUCGUGUUGACCGAAUGUGGCAGGAAAGAUUGGUGGACCAAGAAGGUGACUGGAAACUUCUAUUCCGCAGGGCGUCUUACGGCUCGUCAAAUGAAGUAUACCGCCGAGAGCAACGCGUACGGAUCGAUCUUGUCGAUAUUCUGCUUCGAUGAGAGCGGGGGCCCCAUUUGUAACGGCACCUGUAACGAUUACUUGCCGACGACAUUUGAGUACAUAGCGUUAGCUCAACAGGCUGGCAUUCUUUACAACCAUUUACCCUGCAGUCUAACGUGGAACACGUUAGAGGCCGUCAAUGCAGUGGAAGUUGCUCUGACGAGCAUGCCGCAGCCCGUUCUGGUCCACUGUUUUGCCGGAUACGCAUCUUCCGGGUUGACUCUCUUGUAUCUUCUCAAAACCAAACAACUGAAUUGCGAUGAGCUGUUUGCUCGCGCGUACGCUAUAGACUACGAGUUCUGGAACGAUCCGACGUUCGUUCAACUUGCUAGUGAAUUGUCGGACUGCCCGAGCUGCUGCAACGCGUCGGCUAAGGCGUACACUCGAAAAACAGAGUCACCCGUCUAUUUGUCGUUCUGGCAGGCUAAGAGACUAACCGAAUGCGUUUACAUCAGCGGUCAGAUUCGACGCGAUCACAUAUGUGACAUCAAAAAGGGAGGAUUUCACACAAUUGCUAAUUUUAGACAGGGAACGACAUACCUGGGUUCUAGACAGCCUUCGCAAGAGGAGGUGGUUCUUCUUAAUGUUAGAUCUCAUGUGUUGACGACGUACGAAGCAGGUGGACGUCAACUGCGCUCGAACUUGUUGAGGACGAGAGUCGAUCCUAAUAGACCGAAUAGUUAUAUAUCAAACACGUCGAUGGACAAUUUUGAGUCGCGAAACGAAUGUGAGUUUGGGGACGAGAUCGGAUACAAUGCACGCAAUGAGAUGGUUUUUCUAUCAGGACAGUCUGGUAUUUACUACUAUUUUUUGCCAGUGGGUGGUGAUAUGAUGUUUGGUAUGGAUGCGUUUUUGUCUAUGUACUGCAGUCUCAAGGAACUGUUUGAAGCUGACUGCCGUGUUUUGCUUCAUUGUUCUACAGGAUACCGUGCGGCGUACUUUGGUAUUCUCUACUUGGCUAUUACUGAAAACAAGACCUGUAGAUAUGCUUUGUCUACUGGUCAGUCGCUUGGUUACGACUUCUCAACAUCACCCAUUUGUCUAGUCAUCGCUGCUUACCAGACAGGAAAGUAUGCUCUGUCUCCGUGCGGUCUGGAGCCAAAGGGAACGGCUGGACCGAUCGAGGACACUACUUCUACUACUACCACCCCAGAUGACGUUACAAGAAAGCCUCCUACAGAAUUAGGACAAGAUUGUAAGAAAUUUACUGAAUGGGGAGAGUGGACGGAAUGCAGUCAAACGUGUGACGCUGGAAUACAGACGAGAACACGCUGGGUCAGCUCAGACGAAGACGUCAACUGCCAGUACGAGACGUCAGACGUUCAGCUACUACGCAGUUGCCAGAAUCGUCCAUGCAACCUGAACACGAGCGAUCCGACCUUGCAGAGAAGUCUGCGAGCGAAGAGAUGCAAACCGGUGACGGUUGCCAACGUCGUCGUCGACGUUCCAUGCGACUUCUACAGCCUUUCUACUACUCAAGUGGUGAUGCGUAAGCAGCGUUGGUGCCUUGGAGGGACGAAUGCGACGACCAUGUGUGUGGCUGAUUACAGCAAGACCGUCCCUCACGCGUCGUCGUGUGCUGGACAGAAGAAGGCGUUUGUUGCAGUCAACCAACGAUGCCGCUUGAUGUCCGUGUCUGUGUGAGAGUCUACGGAAUACUCGGUGUGUCGGACACAUGCGAGGUGGUUACUUCGGAAGAAUGCGUGGGAACGAUUUCGUUGUUAUUUGGUAGUAUCGCUUUAUCUGGGCUUAAUUUGAAAGAAAGUUUGAAAACGUGUCACUGAGGCGGCCGAUUGGGCAGGCUAUCCGUGAUUGUGAGAGGUGGCGUCCCCCGCGGGGGUACAGAUAUCCACACGCAUGAAUAAGCUCGUUGCUUUAGAAACCAUACCUACAGUCUUGCGUAAGACAACUUUAGAUGAAAGUUUUGGCUAACUUCGAAGAUAAAUAUUAAUUCUACACGCCUCGAUCGCUCGCUUUCAGUCGUUUGAUUGAGUGUGUGAUUAAUUUUUAACUAGAAUGUAUUAAUUUUAACUAGAGAUCGAAGUCGAGUGCAACUAAGAUGUGA